AUGAGGAUACGUCUCCCCAUCCUGGGGGCAUUUGCCCUCCUCUCUCUGCUCCUCGCCUACCUCGGCCUAGCCCCCCUCUCCCUUUCCUCGCUUCCCGUCUCCGACAAAUUUCUCCACUUCAUCGCGUUUCUCUUUCUCACACCCCUCUUCUACUUCACUAUCGACACAACACGUCGGCGGGCCUUUAAUUUGACGCUUACAAUUUGCGUCCUGGGUCUCGGUAUCGCCUCUGAGGUCGUUCAAGGCUGGAUCCCGAACGGCCGGGACUUCGACGUCUUCGAUGUCGCCGCAAACCUUGUGGGCGGCGGCGUUGGUUUGGGCGUGAGUAUGUGGUACCAUAAACGGAUGCUGGAACGCAAGAGACGGAGACGAUAUACGGCGGUGCCGCAAGAGGGCGUUCCACAGGAGGAUGUGGAUGUUGAGCUUGGCGAGGGUGGACUGAGCAGAACGGAAGAUGGACAUGAGGAAGGGAUUAUUACGACUACCGCUACAACUACGCCUGCUCAACAGGGCAUCUCUGGAGAGGAGGACCUCGAUGGCUGGGAUAAUGAUGUGCAGUCGUGGGAUGAAGAGGAUGUGUCUGAGGGUCAGGAAGGGACUGCCAGCGCGGCGGUCACCGCUGGGCAGAAAAAGGACGAUGUGAAAAAGCAUUCUGAUUAA